AUGGAGCCUUUGCAGGUCCGGACAUUUCAGCAUGAUUUCGUUCCUAAAGAUCCCAAUGCAAAGCCUAAAAGGUUCGAAUACGCUCAAGUUUAUGAUCCGUAUGGCCCAAGGCCUCCACUGUCUGAUAAGGUUAUUGAACUGGCAGAGCGAAUUGCAGCCGUACCACCAGAAGAACGCAGACAAAUCGGUCCAACUCUCACCGAGAGGCUCAGACACCCAAAAAUGCAAGUCAUUGCAGAUGAAGGGAUGGACUUGGGUGGAGCAGGUGCAGGUGCAGGAGCUCCAAAGGCAGAGGAGAAGAAAGAGAAAACAGCAUUCGAUGUGAAGUUGGAAAAGUUCGAUGCAGCUGCAAAAAUCAAGGUAAUUAAGGAAGUGAGGGCAUUUACUAACUUGGGUUUGAAAGAGGCUAAGUCGUUGAGAAGGCACCUGUUAUACUCAAACAAGGGAUCACGAAGGACGAAGCAAAUGAUAUAA